UAGAUAACAGUUUUUAAUGUCUUCAACAAAUGAGGGAUGGGAGUGUUCGAUCUGCACUGAAGUUCUUCUAGACCCCCGCGUACUUCCAUGUGGACACUCCUUCUGCUCCCCUCCUCGAAGGUGUCUCCAAUCUUUGCUCCUCGAACCCGAAAAAGUCUUCAAAUGUGCCUUGUGCAACAAAACACACAAAGUCAACCUAUCAGAUCUGAUUCCUCUUUACGGGAUCCGGGAUGCAUUGCAGAGCAUGUCAACGUCCAUGACUCAAGCGUCCAAAGCUGAAUCAUCGUCCAAAAAGAGAUCUGAGAAGUUUCCAACCUGCAGCACCCAUCCUCUGAACGACUUGACAAUGUGGUGUAGCGACUGCGCUGUUGCUGUGUGUUCAAUUUGCCUCGAUCAAAACCACGAAGAGCACAGUAUGAAAAGUUAUAAAUCAAUUUUGAGGAAGGAGGCCCUUAAAAUUCAGGACAAAUUUGAACAAAUUCGAAAGAGCGAAGUUGUGUCGGAGUCCAACUUGUCAAAAUUACAGUCUGAACUGGGAAAGCACAAAAAAAUAGCGAAUGAUUUGACGAUUAAAUUGACAAAACUUAAGGAACUGAAAGCGUUUCAAGAAAGUUACGACCAAAACAGCGCCGAAUUUUCCUCGUUCUGUGCCGGAGAAGAGUCUAACUUCGAUUUGAGAAACGUUGAUAUUUUCUCGAAAUGUCUCAGAAUAUCGCAAGAUGAAUUGAGUUCUCUUAAAAACAACCCAGAAGCUGAAAAUAAAGAUUCGUUGAAAUUCGGCGCGCUUUUUCACACAAUUCGGAAUCUGAAGGCAAGCAAAGAGUUCUGCUCGGGGUCUUUAGUAACCGGAGAUCACAGAUUUUGGGUGUCCUGUUUGCGUUGCGAUGUCGGGGAAGGUGAAUCGCUCUUUCUCUUUCUGCAUUGCGAACCGAUUGAUUUGAGUAAAUUGAGUCAUGGAUGGGGUGCUAAUGUACGUUAUAAACUGACAUUGGUAAACUGGAGGUCUACGGAACAGUCGAUUUGGAUCGAAAAUACGAAGAAUUUUUCGCAUAAAGAGACUUGUUACGGAGAGAGUGUAAUAAAAUGGAAGUCGCUACUGGACCAUGAAAAAAACUGGCUUUCUGGAAACGACAGAAUUUUUGUAGAGUGUGAACUUUAUGAAAUUGAUGCAAACUGAUAAUGAAUGUCUUGAAAUUAUCAAAAUAUCCUAGAUUUUAUUCUUUUAGUUCUAUUUUUCAAUCAUCUGUAGUGUUUUUGUUGUAAAAAUAUUUUUCAGCUCUA